AUGGCUCCGUCACAGCCCGGUUCGGCAGAAAAAACGAUCCGCAAAAUUGAUAUCGCUCAGGUUUCUCUGAGUCUGCAGGAUCGAUUGGGGCUUGCCAAACUCAAGUACCAGCACGGUCGACUGCAUGGCCUGAACCCGAAGCAGCAGGAUGGUCGGCCUAUGCUUGACAGCGACAAGCCUUCCGACUCCUCCUCUGUGUUCUCACGCAGUCGCUGCGAGACUCCCUUCACCUCCCCUCCCCUCCGAGCCUCCACCUACUCCAAGGAGCUACCUCGAUCCGCCCGCAAUAAACAUGCCGCUACCUUCAACUCUCGAGUCAUGCAGCCAAUGCUGUCUGCCAGUCGAAAGCGUAUUCGAUCUGACUCAGAUUCCGAACGUCCUGCCAAGGCACCCCGGGUUUCGUGGAAGAGUUCUUACCGACUGCCCGAAUCCUCUCCAGGCAUGAACCGACACCAUUCGACACGAGGCACACAAGCAGCCUUCAUGUCGGAGGCUACAAUUCCAGAGAUGUCCUCACCUGUAUAUCCCAGGCCGUCGGAAGAGAUUGAUCCCGAUCUGCCAGUGCACAGUUUCCGCAACAUGAGCUCGAUGGUAGGCUCCUCGCCUCCACGAACCCCUCCUCCCAAGCACAUGCGACUGUCGCGGACCAACCAACCUCAGAAUCACGAAGAUGGCGCGGAUUUGUUAUUGUACCUGGCCAACUCCCCUACCCCCGCCCGGGUUGCAAGGGGCAACGCAAACCAUGCCUUCCCACCUUCUACCCCUCCAAGCCAGCACGCUGUUCUCGCAGGCAUCACCCCCACACUCGGCGCCGGCAUGUUUUCCAACAUCACCACCCCGAACCAACAAUUCAAUUUCGCCGAUUUCGUAAAUGUGACACCUAGUCCAGCUCAGCCAACCUGGAGUAGCCGCACUCCUGGCAAUCCCACUCGCACACCACUUACCGCACACAGGAAGCGAUUGAACUUCGAUGCUCUGGUUCCCCCAAGCAAUUCAAGCCCUCGGCUUCGAGGCAAGGAAACCGGCCUGGCCCUUCAGCUCGGAGGUGAACUUCACCCUUGA